AUGUUCACUUACUCUGAUGUUUUAGAGAAUCUCCGUGUAUUUGAGUGCGCCCUUGUGCGUUUUGUUGACGCAACGUUUGAUAAUCAUCGGAGUCGCUACAGCCGGUUACAUUCAAGUGACCGUGUGUUUUUCUUUACGGUGCUUGCGGAAGUUCAACGAACUGGUGCUCGCUUGAAUUUUUCGCCAUCUGUAAGCACUGUUUGGUUUGGCGAUUACUACUUCAGCAAGUAUUCUGGAUACGCCAAGUAUCGCGAGUUGUUCUCUUUAACGCAUGCGCGUCUUCUCUGGUGGUUUGAAUCGGAUGAAGACAUUUACCACCCAACUCCGCAUCAAACCGAUUUUUACACUGAAAUAACACAGGCUGAAAUGGACAACCGUCUCGCCGCUCGUUCGACUUGGAACGACGUUUUGACUUCGUUCGACAUGGAACACCCAGGGCCAGAAGAUUUUCACUUGUUGCGGGAAUUUUCCCAUAGCUUAGUUUCCCUCCUCGACUAUGUCGAGGAUCAACUAAACGAAGAGUGA